AUGCAGCAGCCGGGAUAUGACGAUGUACCGCGAGUAAAAUGUGUUGCUCACACAGCCAGCGAAGAUAAGCUGGCGUCUGUCCACGAGCUCUUAAAUGAUAAUAAUCGCAGUAAUCUGGUCUCAGGCUACUUUAAAAGUGCCCAGUGGUCUCCUGAUGGAACUACAGUAAUCACCAACUCGGCUGAUAAUCAUCUUCGGUCGUAUGUUCUGCCCCCUGAUCUUCUGGAGGCAAGGGAUGGCCCGCAUAUCCUUCAACCGUACUAUACCAUUCCAUCCAAGGAACCCAUCUAUUCAUUAGCUAUAUACCCAUUUUACGAGCUUCAGGAACCUUCAACCACCUGUCUACUCUCUGGUCUCCGAGAUCACCCGAUCCAACUGAACUCAGCCCUAUAUCCUGGCCUCCUAGCGUCUUACAGCCUCAUUUCCCCCACAACGGAAGCCUUUAUUACUCCUCACUCCCUUCUAUAUCCUACUAGCCUUGGAGGAACUCAUUUCUUGGCUGGAUGUGACAGCAUGAUCUGUUUGUUUGAUAUAUCACGACCCGGAAAAGAAGGGCCAAUAUCCAGGUUGCCCACUAUUCCGAGCAAGAGAAAGAAGCUUGUAGGAGGGGGCGUGGGGAUGAAAGGGAUCGUCUCGGCAAUGGCUAUUGAAUCUGGUGGCAGUAGGGUGUUGGCUGCAGGUACGUUCACCAGACAUAUCGGACUAUACGGGGAUAAUGGGAGUGGGGAUACGAUCGCCACCUUUAGCAUUGCCAACACAGCUGCUGAAAAGGCUAUCGGCGGAAAUGGCGUUACACAAGUUCUUUGGAGUCCGUGUGGUCGAUAUCUAUACGUGGUUGAGAGGAAGAGCGAUGGAGUGUUGGUGUAUGAUAUCAGAGUGACAGGGCAGCUUGUAGGGUGGCUUGAAGGUAGGCGGGCAAUGACAAAUCAGAGACUGAAUGUCGACCUUGUCGAUCUCAGGGGGGCUUCGGAGAUCUGGGCCGGCGGGAUGGACGGGGUAAUCCGUAUGUGGAAGAACCCGUCUCAUACCGAAGGAGGUUUGUGUCCAACAUGGGAGGAGCAGAUCCACAACGAUCCUAUUACGAGUUCUAUUAUUCACCCAACUGGGAGUGUCCUCGCGACUUGCUCUGGACAGAAACACUACCCAUAUUUUUCAGAUGACAAUAAUGAGGGCAUCACAGCGUCUGUUUCAGAUGCAGACCCUGGCACCGCAGGCCAAACCAAAUAUCAAAUUGACAACAGCCUCAGGAUAUGGCACCUGUAG